AGUAAGCCCAAUGAAAAGAAUCGGUGGCUCUCUUCUAGUGUGUCUCGUCUUAUUCAUAGUGACAACAGUCCUGGUUGAAAUAAAUACAGACAGCCACCAAAGGACGUUUCUCAUCUCUACUCUUUGUUCUGUUGUACUAGUGAAUGUGGCUGCAGCUUUCCUCCAGGGUGGGUCAGUAGGACUGGCUGGGUGCUUUCCAACAAAGUUCAUGGAAGCCAGUAUCAAUGGACAAGCAGUGGGUGGAGUCAUAACCUCCUUGGCUCAAGUAUUAUCUCUUAUUGGCCAAAGUUCACCAAUCAGCAGUGCUUUUGGUUACUUCCUCUUUUCUGUUGUUAUCCUCCUGGUAACAAUUCUCUUUUUCUUGACAAUGCUGAAAACGAGUUUCUUCAAGCACUACCUAUCAAUUCAAGCUGGCUGUGGAAAUUAUUUGAAAAUAAACGAAAGUGAAGAAAUUAGAGACGUGCCCCUACUGAAAGUCUUUCAAGACAUAAUACUUUAUUUUAUUGGAAUUGUGUUGAUAUUCUGGGUGACCUUGUCAGUUUAUCCAGCAGUCACUGUGUUAGUAGAGUCUGUAAGUAAAGAAAGUGGAUCUUCCUUUACGGGGCAGUUAUUCGCAUUUUUACUUUUUUAUAGAAAAUGCAUAUAUUAUAUUUCAUUUGGUAGAGCGAUUACCUACUUUUUUCGUGUGUUCUAA